AUGCUAAAAAGGAAACAAAGUUCAAGGGUGGAAGCCCAGCCGGUUACAGAUUUUGGUCCUGAUGAAUCUUUGUCAGACAAUGCAGAUAUUCUGUGGAUUAACAAACCAUGGGUACACUCUUUACUACGAAUCUGUGCCAUCAUCAGUGUUAUUUCUGUUUGUAUGAACACUCCAAAGACCUUUGAGCAUUAUCCUCCUCUCCAAUAUGUGACAUUUGCUCUUGAUACACUAUUGAUGUUUCUUUACACUGCAGAGAUGAUAGCAAAAAUGCAUAUCCGUGGGAUAGUUAAGGGUGAUAGCUCCUAUGUAAAGGAUCGUUGGUGUGUGUUUGAUGGAUUCAUGGUCUUUUGUCUUUGGGUGUCACUGGUUUUACAGGUGUUUGAAAUUGCUGAAAUAGUUGACCAGAUGUCACCUUGGGGCAUGUUACGGAUUCCACGACCACUCAUUAUGAUCCGAGCAUUCCGGAUAUAUUUUCGUUUUGAGCUGCCAAGAACUAGGAUAACAAAUAUCUUGAAGCGUUCCGGAGAGCAAAUCUGGAGCGUUUCAAUUUUCCUUCUGUUCUUUCUCCUCCUGUAUGGGAUCCUAGGAGUGCAGAUGUUUGGGACUUUUACGUACCAUUGCGUGACUGACGACACACAGCCAGGAAAUGUAACCUGGAAUAAUUUAGCUAUCCCAGACACCCACUGUUCCAGAGAGCUAGAAGAAGGUUACCAGUGCCCACCUGGAUUUAAAUGCAUGGACCUUGAAGAUCUGGGACUAAGCAGGCAAGAGCUGGGCUACAGUGGCUUUAAUGAGAUAG